AUGGUUAUUGAAAACCAAAUCAGACUUUAUGGUGAAGAAUUGCUUGAUGAAAAGGUGGUUGAAAAAGUCAUGAUCAAUGUUCCUCAAAGGUUUGAAGCCAAAAUUUCAACUAUUGAGGAAUCUUGUGACAUGACGAGUCUAACUAUUGCUGAUCUUGUUAGCAAGUCAGAAGCGGGAGUAAAGUUCAAUAGCUCCGGGAAGAAAUUUGAAAGCUCAAGCAAGGGCAAAGAUGUUGUUUCUGCCACUAGUGGUCAAAAUGGAAAGUUUUUAGCAUGUCCUAUUUGUAAGAUGACAAAUCAUGCUGAAAAGGAUUGUCGAUUCAAGGAAAAAAAAACAAGUCCAAAUUUCAGGGUACUUUUUGCCAAAAGUCUUGACAUACUGAAAAGUUUUGUUGGGUCAAGAAGAAGCAAGCAAAAAAACAAGAUCAACAGCAAGCAAAUGCAAGGUGAGAACCUGUUUAUGGUUUCUCAUGUUGUUAAACCAUCUAAUAACUCUAUUUGGCUUAUGGAUAGUGGGUGUACCAGUCAUAUGACACCUGUGGCUGCAUAUUUUAACUCACUUGAUAAGUCUUUUAAAACAAGUGUGAAGUUGGGAAAUGGUGUUACGACUCAGGUUCAAGGCAAAGGUUCAAUUUCUGUGAAUACUCUACAAGGUAAAAGGAAAAUCUAUAAUGUUAUUUUUAUUCCUGAUUUAGGCCAAAGUCUCUUGAGCAUUCCCCAAAUGAUUAAAAAUGGUUUUAAUGUUCAGUUUAAGGGUGAUGCCUACAACAUAUUUGAUGUUUGUGGUUUUAAGUUUGCUGAUUUGAAAAUGCAAAACAAUAGUUUUUAUUUGAAGCUUGAUGUUGAUUGUGGAUAUUUGCCUGAACUGAAUCUGUGUGAUGAUAAAUGUGAUAGUUGUCAACUUGGGAAGUCACAUAAGCUAUCAUUUUCUCAUUAUGAAGUUGUAUCAGCAUCUAUUUACUUAUUGAACAAGUUAGCAACUAAGGCUGUGGAUGGAAAAACUCCACUUGAAGCCCGGUCUGGGCCAAAGCCUUCUCUGAAACACCUGAGAGUGGUUGGUUCUAUUUGUUUCAACCAUAUACCUGCUAAUAUGAGAACCAAGGAGAAGAAUGAUGUGCAGAAGCACGGUUAUGGGUUAAUGCUUGAAGAGGUUGAUUUAACUGGCAAGGUUGAACAUGGUGUGACUAGUAAUGAAUUUGGUGUAGCUGAUACAGCUGAUGCUGAGGUUAUCAAAACUAAAUCCUUAGUAAAUAUGUAUGAGAGGUGCAAUUUUGGUUUUGCUGAACCAAUAAGUUUUGAUGAAGCUGCAAAGGUACCUGAAUGGAUUGAUGCAAUAAAGGCAGAAAUUUCUACAAUUGAGAAAAAUGAUACAUGGUUCUUGACUGAUUUACCUAGUGGUAAACAUGUUAUAGGUGUGAAGUGGGUGUAUCGGACUAAGUUCAAUCCUGAUGGCACUGUAUUGAAGCAUAAGGCUAGGAUGGUCGUAAAAGGGUAUGCACAGAUAGGUGGAGUUGACUACGGUGAUACUUUUACACUAGUUGCUAGAUGUGAUGCUAUUAGAUUGUUGAAAUAUCAGCUAGGUGUGAAGAAUGCUUUCCUAAAUGGGAAACUUGAAGAAGAAGUUUACAUGGAUCCUCCUCCAAUUUUUGAAGAAAAAUUUAGAACUCGAAGUUCACCUGGAAAGGGCUUAUUCUUUAAGAAAUCUGACCAAAGAGGAAUUGAAGCUUAUACAGAUGCAGAUUGGGCAGGCUCAAUAACAGAUAAAAGAUUUACAUCAGGAUACUGUCAAUUGGGCUGGAAUGUGUUUCAUUUGGAUGUAAAAUCAACUUUCUUGAAUGGAGAGCUUAAAGAAGAUAUCUAUGUUUUUCAACUUGAAGGCUUUGUGGUUGUUGGAAAAGAGCAUCAAGUGUACAAGCUUAAGAAUGCUCUUUAUGGCCCAAAACAGGCACCAAAGACCUUGUAUUGUAGAAUUGAUUCUUAUUUGCAGAAGUUGGGUUUUCAGAGGAGCAUUAAUGAAGCUACUUUGUAUUUUAAGAAAUGUAUGAAUGCUGACUUGCUUGUUGUUUCUCUUUAUGUUGAGGAUUUGUUGGUGAUGGGAAGCAAUGAUGAAGCUCUCUUAGAAUUCAAAUUGAGUAUGCAAAAAGAAUUUGAUAUGUCGGAUCUUGGCUUGAUGAGCUACUUUCUUGGCAUGGAAAUUCAUCAAAGGAAGGUUGAUAUUUUCAUUUCACAGGAAAAGUAUGCCUUAAAUGUUCUAAGGAAAUUUAAACUGGAAUUUUGCAGAGGACUUGGCUCACCAAUGCCUCUAAAAUUGAAGUUGUCAAAGAAUAAUGGUGAGAAAAUCUGUGAUCCUUCUAUUUACAGAAGCAUAGUUGGAAGCUUACUUUACUUGGCUGCAACACGACCUGAUCUAAUGUUCCCUGCAACAUUGCUAUCAAGGUUUAUGAAUUCACAUUCUGAUGUUUAUUUGGGAGUUGCUAAGAGGAUUCUUAGGUAUGUGAAGGGCACAACAAGUGAAGGGCUGAAUUAUUUAAAGGUAGGAAGUGUGAAGUUGACUGCAUAUUUUGAUAGUGAUUGGGCAAGGAGUUUGGAUGACAUGAAGAAAGCAGAACAUAUUGCUGUUGGUGCUGCAAACCAAGCAAUUUGGUUGAGAAAUUUGCUUUCUAAUCUUGGUUUUGAGCAAGAAAGUGCCACUGUUCUUUUGUGUGACAAUAAGUUAACUAUUGCUAUUGUUGAAAAUCAAGUUCAGUAUGGUAGAACAAAGCAAAUCAAUGUGAAGUUUCAUGCUAUUCAUGAGGCUGAGAAAAAUUUGCUGAUUAAGAUGAAAUUUUGUUCUUCUGAGAUGCAGGUUGCUGAUUUGAUGACAAACUCUCUUUCAAGGAAUAGAAUUUCUUUUCUCAAGUGUGAGCUUGGCAUGUCCAAUAUCAACCUCAAGGUGGAGUGUUGA